AUGACACCUCCAAGACCAAUUAUUCAUACCUCGACUACCGAGUUAUCCACAGCUAUCAACCAUAAGAUUGCAGAUGAAAUCUUCCCAGUUGCAAAGACGAUCAAUGAUGAAGAUAUUUACUUCCAGACCAAUCCAAGGCCUCCUUAUAUGAACGAUCUUGUUAAAGAUGCUAAGGAGUUUUUAGAAUACCAACGUCAACAAGGUCGUGAUAAAAUUGUUUUAGUCACUUCUGGUGGUACCACUGUUCCAUUAGAGAAUAAUACAGUGAGAUUUAUUGAUAAUUUUUCUGCUGGUACUAGAGGUGCAUCCAGUGCUGAACAAUUCCUAGCAAAUGGUUAUUCUGUCAUAUUUCUACAUAGAGAAUUCUCUUUAACUCCAUACAACAGAAUUUUCACUCAUAAUUUGAAUACUUUGUUCUUAGAUUACUUCCAUAAUGAUGGCUCUCUAAGUGAAAAUUUUAAAGAGACGAUUUUACGUAAUAGAGAAUUAUAUGAUAAAUAUUUAAAUCGUGAAUCAAGGCUAUUACUAUUGCCAUUCACCACCGUUAACCAAUAUUUGUGGUCAUUGAAAAGCAUUGCUAAACUAUUAGACUCAAGCGGCUGUCUGUUCUAUUUAGCGGCUGCUGUUAGUGAUUUCUUUGUUCCAUUCUCAAGAUUACCAAAACACAAGAUACAAUCUAGAGCCUAUGGAGAACUAAGUAAUGAUGAUUCAGAAAAUUCGAACUCUGCAACUACUCCAGAGGGCAAAUUGAUUAUUAAUUUAGACCCAGUUCCAAAAUUUUUGAGGAGAUUAGUAGAAUCUUGGGCAAAGCAAGCAAUGAUCGUAUCCUUUAAACUAGAAACCGAUGAAUCAAUCUUAAUUUACAAGUCUACUCAAGCAUUGGAUAGAUACAACCACCAAUUAGUUAUUGGUAACUUAUUACAAUCGAGAAACAAAGAAGUUGUAUUCGUUACAUCAGAUAAUAGAGAAGGAAGAUGGAUAAAAAAGACAGAUGAAGUUUCUAGUCUUGAAGAAGUGAUAAUUCCUGAAGUGAUCAAAGCUCAUGACGGAUGGAUCUCAAAUCAAGAAGUAAAAUAA